GAAGAAUUGAAGAUAUUCAUUUUGUUUUUCAAAGUAUGAUUUCUAGUCGGCGUUGUUGUUAUCUUAGUGUAGUAGACAACACAUGUUAAAGUAUGAUUUCUGGUCGGCGUUGUUAUCUACCAUUACCCCAUCCCUUUAAAAGGCACCCACCCUUCUCAAACACUCGACACUCCUAACCUCAUCUCUCUUGUAUCCACCAAGUCUAAUUUCUGACAUGGAUUUACCUAUUGGUUGGCUCGAACCGGUCGUCCGGGUCCAAACAUUGUCAGAUACUGGGAGCCCAGUGAUCCCAGACCGUUAUAUCAAACCAUUAGUCCAACGACCAUCGUUCAACACACAAUCACAUAGCCAAAACAUCCCUAUUAUCGAUCUUUAUGAGUUGACAAAUGGUAGCGCUACCGCGCAAAAAGCCGUCAUGGACCAAAUCUCCAUCGCGUGCCGCGAGUGGGGUUUCUUUCAAGUACUGAAUCAUGGUAUUAGUGAUGAAUUGGUGGAUGGGGCUCGGGAGGUUUGGAAGGAGUUCUUUCAUCAACCGAUGGAAGUGAAACAAGAUUAUGCAAACACACCAAACACUUACGAAGGGUAUGGAAGUCGAUUAGGAAUCCAAAAGGGUGCGAUUCUUGAUUGGAAUGACUAUUUUUUCCUCUACUAUCUUCCUUCAAAACUUAAGGAUCAUAACAAGUGGCCUUCUCAACCACCUUUCCUUAGGGACGUGGUCGAAGAAUACUCGAAAGAGAUUGUGAGACUAGGCAAAGACUUGUUGAGGAUAUUUUCGAUAAAUCUAGGUCUACAAGAAGACUAUCUUCAAGGUGCGUUUGGUGGUGACGACAUUGGAGCGUGCUUGAGAGUAAAUUUCUACCCGAAAUGUCCUCAACCCGACUUGACUCUGGGACUGUCGUCUCAUUCGGACCCGGGUGGCAUGACUUUCCUACUCCCUGAUGAGAAUGUUAGUGGUCUCCAAGUUAGAAAAGGUGAUGAAUGGAUCACAGUUAAACCUGCACGGCAUGCAAUCAUUGUCAACAUCGGAGAUCAAAUCCAGGUUUUAACAAACGGCAAUUACAAGAGCGUGGAGCAUAGAGUGAUAGUAAACCCUGAUAAAGAAAGAGUGUCGUUAGCUUACUUUUUCAAUCCAAAGAGUGAUGUGCUUAUCAAGCCAGCAACAGAGCUUGUUACGUCAACCAAACCUGCACUUUACCAACCGAUGACUUACGGUGAAUAUAGACGUUUCAUUCGAACCGAUGGUCUACAAGGAAAAUCGCAACUUGAGUCUUUGAAAUCUUCAUGAAAGUAGGAUUUGGGGUCAUAAAACUACAUAAAUAAAGGCAAGAAAUGAAAUUAAGGUUAUCCUUAAUUUCUUUUACUUAGUUUAUUAUUGGAAUAACUGUAAUCGUGAAAUAUAUGACUUUUAUCAUCAAAAUUGGUUAUAUGUAUUAAUCAUUUUCAU